CCUAAAUGAAACACCUAUCUAUACUUGAGACGACUUGGAAUGGAAGCCGGUAGCGGCAACACCUAUACUUCCACCGGACGAAUCAGCAACUUCAGAUGGUGAGGAAGACACUGUCAAUGGCUUCCAAGACGCUGCCUUCCGCUUCUUCCACUGUUUCAAUUUCCUCCCAACCUAAGCUCUCCUCUCUAUUUACUCACUCUCCCACAAUUCCAUCAUCAAUUCCCCAAAUUUCCCCUUCAAAUCAUCCUAAAUCCCCGCCCCAACCCCUUCCAUCACCGCAAAACUUCAUUACACGGAUUUCCUCUCAACACCGCCUUCCGACCUUCCUACAGAAUUGCCGUAUAGGUAAGAUUACUGCAACUGAAGCAUUACAUUUCUUUGACCUCAUGUUGCGUUCAAAUCCUACCCCUCCCACGUAUUCAUUCAAUCUGUUACUUGGUGGACUUGCUCAGAUUAAGCAUUAUUCUCAAGUAUUUUCUCUCUAUAAUAAAAUGUGCCUUGCUGGACUUUUUCCUAAUUUCUUCACGCUGAAUAUUUUGAUUAAUUGCCUUUGUAACGUGAAUCGGGUUAGUGAAGGCUUUGCGGCCAUGGCGGGGAUUUUAAGGAGGGGUUAUAUUCCUGAUAAAAUCACAUAUUCCACCUUGAUUAAGGGCUUGUGUAUGGAGUAUAGGAUUAGUGAAGCGACACGACUAUUUAUGAGAAUGCAAAAGUUAGGUUGUAGGCCUGAUGUGGUUACUUAUGGGACUUUAAUCAAGGGGCUCUGUCGAACAGGGAAUAUUAACAUUGCACUUAAGUUGCAUCAAGAAAUGCUCAAUGAAACUGGUCAAUAUGGGAUUAAUUGUAAGCCUAAUGUUAUUUGCUAUAGCAGCAUCAUAGAUGGGCUUUGUAAGGAUAGACGGGAAGACGAGGCAAGUGAACUUUUUGAGGAAAUGAAAACUCGGGGAAUGAUACCCGAUGUCAUUUCAUAUACCUCUUUGAUUCAUGGAUUUUGCUGGGGUGGAAAGUGGGAGGAGGCUAAACGUUUGUUCAAUGAGAUGGUGGAUCAAGGUGUUCAACCAGAUAUGGUCACAUUUAAUGUGUUGAUUGAUAUGCUUUGCAAGGAAGGAAAAGUUAUCGAGGCUAAGAAGUUGCUAGAUGUGAUGAUUCAGAGAGGUAUCGUUCCUAAUUUGGUUACUUAUAAUUCACUCAUUGAGGGGUUUUGUUUGGUUGGUGACUUGAACAGUGGCAGGGAGCUAUUUGUUAGUAUGCCUAGUAAGGGAUGUGAACCUGAUGUGAUUAGCUAUACUACGCUAAUCAACGGGUACUGUAAAACAUUGAAGGUGAAUGAAGCAAUGAAGCUUUACAAUGAAAUGCUUCAAGUGGGAAAGAGGCCAAAUGUGAAAACAUAUGGUGCCUUAUUAACGGGGCUUUUUCAGGCAGGCAAGGUUGGUGAUGCAAAGAAGCUCUUUGGUGUCAUGAAAGCUUAUGGUGUUCCCAUAGAUUCAUGUAUAUAUGGUAUUUUCUUAGAUGGGUUGUGUAAGAAUGGUUGUUUAUUUGAAGCGAUGGAAUUUUUUAAUGAGCUAAAAUCAUACAACUUGAAAUUGGACAUUGGAAUCUUUAAUAGUCUAAUUGAUGGCCUAUGUAAAGUAGGAAAACUUGAAACUGCUUGGGAGCUUUUCAAAAAACUAUCGCAGGAAGGGCUUCAACCAAAUGUUGUGACUUAUAACAUUAUGAUCCAUGGGUUUUGUAGAAAGGGACAAGUAGAUAAUGCAAACAUUUUGUUUCAACAUAUGGAAGAAAAUGAUUGUACUCCCAAUGUAAUUACUUGUAAUACGCUUCUGCGUGGUUUUUGCGAGAGUAAUAAAUCAAAGGAGGUGGUUGAACUUCUUCAUAGGAUGGUUCAAAGGGAUGUGUUGCCCGAUGUCGGGACUUGCACCAUAGUCAUAGACAUGCUUUGCAAAGACGAAAAAUAUCGAGAAUGUCUAGACUUGCUUCCAAGGUUUCCUGUCCAAAAGCGUUGAUGUUGAUAAUAGAACACCUACUAGUAGACUCAUUAGGACCUAUAUGACUUGCAAAUUUCUAAUCUAUGACACAUCGUUCAUGGACUCGAUAGGUUUCCACCUCUUUUCCUCUCUGUUCCACUUUCAAUUCUUGUAGAUUGCUUGCCUUUAUAGAUCCUAACUUUAAU